CCCGGGGUCUCUGCCCGGGGUUUUCCUUCAAGGCUAUGCCGGGUCCGCGGGCACCAAUUUUAAAACAUAACAAGUUGCCUAGAUGGGCUGGGCCAGGGGACUGCCAGGCAAGGGCUGGGCAGCUGGGAGGAGCCUGGAGGCGCCGGCCCAGGGACGCUGUACCUAUGGAAACCGGAACAAAGCCCCAGCCACACAAACACCUGGGCUGUGCUUUUCCCACUCGUCAGGCCUGGUGGUCUGGGAUGCUGGUGUUGGGGCGGAUGGACACGUUCAGCACCAAGAGCCUGGCCCUGCAGGCGCAGAAGAAGCUGCUGGGCAAGAUGGCGUCCAAGGCCACGGUGGCCGUGUUCAUCGAUGACGCGAGCGGCGAGGUGCUGGACGAGCUGUACCGCGCCACCAAGGAGUUCACCCGCAGCCGCAAGGAGGCCCAGAGGAUGGUCAAGAACCUGGUCAAGGUGGCCGUGAAGCUGGGCGUCCUGCUCCGCGGCGGCCAGCUGGGCGGCGAGGAGCUGGCGCUGCUGCGGCGCUUCCGCCAGGGGGCGCGCCGCCUCGCCAUGACGGCCGUCAGCUUCCACCAGGUGGACUUCACCUUCGACCGGCGCGUGCUGGCCGCCGGCCUGCACGAGUGCCGGGACCUGCUGCACCAGGCCGUGGGCGCGCACCUGACCGCCAAGUCCCACGGCCGCAUCAACCACGUCUUCGGCCACUUGGCCGACUGCGACUUCCUGGCCGCGCUCUACGGCCCCACCGAGCCCUACCGCUCGCACCUGCGCCGGAUCUGCGAGGGCCUCACCCGGAUGCUGGACGAGGACAGCAUAUGACCUCCGGCCCGGGGGUUCCUGAGGGGGGAGGGGGGGUGGGGGUCGUUCUAGAACCUCUUUUCUCCCGCCCGAUUCUGGCCAAAUCCCCGGGACAGGCGCCCGUCCCCCCCCCCCCCCCCCCCCCCCCGCGAGAGGAUGCUGAUACGUUGGAGGCAGCGGUUUUAAGGACUCUGGUCGCCUCUCCUCCCGCACCGUCUCAACAGGAGAAGAGCUCAGCCUGCAGGGGCGCGGCCUCCCCACGCACCCCGAGGCUGCUGCCCACCCAGGCCUGCCUGACCUGACCCCCAGCACCCCUACACUCCCUCGAUGCUUCUGAAGGCUGGCACCUGCCACCUCGUCAUGUUAACGAUGUUGCCUGUUCCUUCCGACAGGGUCGUGGUGAACGGGAAGAAAGGGAGUGUCGUGGGGGUGAGCUGCAGCUCCCCAAGUUCUUUGGUUGAAGUUCUAGCCCCCAGAACCUCUGAACGCACCCUUGUUUGGAAAUAGGGUCCUCGCCGAUGGAAUCAGUUGAGGUCACGCUGGAGCGGGGGUGGGCCCCUGAUGCAGCAUGACUGGCGUCCUCGUAAGGGGACAUUCAGACAGAGAAGGCCGUGUGAAGGUGGGGGCAGACUCGGGAUGGCUGUCUCUACCAGCCAGGACUGCCAGCAGCCUCCAGAAGCUGGGAGAGCCGCCUGAACGGCCUUCGGAAGGAACCAGCCCAAGGGACACCUUGACUGCAGACUCCCGCCUCCGCCUCCAGGGCUAGGAGGGCACAGAUUCCCGCUCUUGCCCUGGGGGUCGAGCGCAGGGAGCCAGGGACAGCACUGGGGUGGGGGCUGUGGGCGAGGAUGCCUCCAUCUGGUUGGGAUCGCUGCCCUGACUCCCACGCGGGAGGGGACGGAGGGUGCCCCUUGCUCGGGGCUCAAGGGGAAAGCCAUCGGAGACGCGCGCCCGUUUAAAACUGGUUAUUUCACCUGUGCUUGGUGGCAGGUGUUUUCCCAAGACCUCCGAGAGCAAAGCUCAGCCAAUUUUGGCUUUGGCGACACCCCCGGAAGAUGCGCCACUCUCACCUCGGGGCACAGAUGGGCACGUGGGGUGUGGGAGUGAAUCUGUGACUUCUGUGUGUCGGAAGGGGACACGCGUUUUAACAGGCCGCAGAACGCUCUACAGGCCGGCCCCCUGACGCGCCGGGAAGGUUACUCUGGGCGCCCGCGCGGACGGGGAAAAUGAUGUCCCGUGACCGUUUUUUGCAGAGCCAGGUCUGUUGGGGAAGCCUUCACACGGGAGGCCUGCAGACCUUUUUGGGCCAGAAGAUGGGUUUGGUUGACUCCAUCCGUCGUUCGAGACGUUUGGCAUUAGUUAAAAACAAGGAAGUUACACGUACCAAUCUAGGUUUGGAGUUUUCUCGAAAACUUGGCCUGAGCCUGCACUGCCUGCUGGUGAGGCCGCAUGGGCGCGGCCCCCCUGGCCUGCCACAGUCCCCACCUGGCCCUUUCGCCCACCCCCCCCACCCUCCCCCCACCUCGGCCUGCUGCAACGGCCCACAAGACAUUACGGCCCCAGAUGCAGGGUGGCCUUUGUAUGGUUUUUCCCUGAAAAAGCCCAAGGUCUCUUGCCGAAGAGCCACUGCUCCCACCUCUGCCCCAGCCCUCGAAGGCAAACCUGUCCUCCCAUCUUCCGUCGGGAGACCGUUCGCAUUCAGGAAGGGACGCGCAUUCUGAGUACCCGAGAAGCCCCCCAUGAGCACCUUUGUCCUCGGCUUUGCACGCGGACUCCAUCAACCAACGUGCGUAACGCUCUGUGCUUGUGCCCUGCUGGGCUGUCCAACCUGCCUGGACUCUUUCCAUAAAUCUGAGAUUUAAUUUAGAAAAACCAAAGAGCACGACACGGCUCUCCAAAUAAAAGCACACAUCUUCGGUCGG